AUGAAUUUUAUACGAUUAGCCCUCCGCUGGCGGGCGCGGGUGGUGGUCGCGGAGUGCCAGAGCCUCUGGCAGUUUGAACGCGACUAUAAGCGCACCGAGACCAAAUGCCGGUUGACCAGGAUAGUCAACCGCGAGUUCAUGAGCCAGGCCGGUGUGGCGAACCUACUGUCCUCCACGUGCGCGCUGUUCGCCAUUGUGUUGGCGCCGGCGCUGCCCUCACACGCCGUCAGCGACUCGUUCUCGUUGACCAAAUUGGUGGCCGUUGUGGUGAGCGUGGCCUCCGUGGCCGUCAUCACCACCGCCCAGUCGCCCAUAGAGACGGUCGAUAGCGUGCCGGUGGGCGCCCUCUGGGCCCUGUGCGGCGCCUUCUUCUACGCGCUCUACACAGUGGUGUUGAGGCAUAAGGUGUCCAAUGAGGACCACUUGAAUAUCCCGAUGUUUUUCGGUAUGUCUGUCCACUUGUUUGUCUCAUUUCGUUUCGUGGGUUUGUUUAAUCUGCUGUUCCUAUGGCCGGCCUUUUUUAUCUUAGACUACAGCCAACUGGAACACAAACUCACCGGCUGGGCUGUCGUCACCACAUAUUAUGAUCAGUUACCCGAGGCCUGCUUUCUCACCUCAUCCCUGUUGGCCUCCCUAUCCGUCUCGUUGACCAUACCGUUGACAAUACUGAUGGACGGCCUACUGCGGGGCGUGUCGUACCCGCGUAUGUUCUUCUUGGGCACAAUACCCCUCUACCUGUCAUUCGUGGCGAUCAGCGUAUUGUCUCAUUACGACUCGUGGGACCCGUUGGCUGAGCUGCUGCUGAGACUAGUCCGCCAUUCGGUGCUCCGGAAGCCAGUGAUCCGGGGGUCGGACCCGCUGUACAGCGAACAAAGUCAGUCACUCAUAGGCGACCAAAACAAUAGUAGCGCUUAA